AUGACAGAACCAACAUCCAAGAAUCAGGGAUUUAAAAAGUGUCGGAGUGCCACUAUCAGCAUUGAUGGCUUCAGCUUUACAAUCGUUGCCAAUGAGGUGGGAGAAGACACCCGCUGUCCACUGGCCCGCUUUGCACGCUCAUGGUCCCAGAAUGCACUAUGCACCACUAUCACAGCCGGCAUUGACAUCACUGACCACAAAGGAAUUCUGAUCAGCCCACGCAGUGCUGAGGAGAUCCUGGCUGAUGAGCUGCCAUAUACUGAUGCACCUGACGCUAUGGAGAAGACUGCUCUCAGGUUGAGAUGUCUUGUUAAGCAACUGGAGAGGGGGGAGGCAUCUGUGGUGGACCUGAAGAAAAACCUGGAGUAUGCUGCCUCUGUCCUUGAACAUGUAUACAAUGAGGAAACCAGGCGGCUGCUGGAUCCAGAGGAUGAGCUCAGUGACAUCAGGUCAGACUCUGUGCCAUCAGAAGUUCGUGACUGGCUGGCUUCCACUUUUACCCGGCAAAGGGGCAUCAUGCUACGCCGAAAUGAAGACAAGCCACGCUUCCGCAGCAUUGUCCAUGUAGUGCAGGCUGGCAUCUUUGUGGAGAGGAUGUACAGACGAAACUCCAACAUGACUGGUUUCUGUUAUCCCCCAAAUGUCAUCACUGUGCUCAAGCACAUAGACAUGUGGUCCUUUGAUGUGUUUAAGCUGAAUGAUGCCAGUGGAGAUCAUGCUCUGAAAUUUGUCCUCUAUGAACUACUCACCAGAUACGACUUGAUCAAUCGUUUUAAGGUCCCUGUUUCUGCCCUCAUAUCAUUUGUGGACUCGUUGGAGGGGGGCUACAGAAAGCACAAGAACCCCUACCACAACCUGAUGCACGCUGCUGAUGUCACACAGACUAUCCAUUUCCUGAUCCUCAAGACUGGCAUGGUGCAUUGGCUAACUGAGUUGGAGAUCUUUGCCAUAAUCUUUGCCGCUGCCAUCCAUGACUAUGAGCACACAGGGACCACCAAUAACUUCCAUAUUCAGACAAGGUCAGACACAGCCAUGUUGUACAAUGACCGAGCUGUUCUAGAGAACCAUCAUGUCAGUGCAGCCUAUCGUCUCCUACAGGAUGAUGAUGAAAAGAACAUCCUCUCUAAUCUUAACAAAGAUGACUGGAGGGAACUGCGGAGUUUGGUAGUGGAGAUGGUGUUGGCCACUGACAUGUCUUGCCACUUCCAGCAGAUCAAAGCCAUGAAAACCCUCCUACAGCAGCCUGAAGCGAUUGACAAACCGAAGGCCUUAUCUUUGCUGCUGCACACCGCUGACAUCAGUCACCCAGCAAAAUGCUGGGAACUCCAUCACCACUGGACCACAUCCCUUCUGGAGGAGUUCUUCAGACAGGGUGAUAAAGAAGCAGAGUUGGGUCUACCUUUCUCUCCACUAUGUGACCGCAGUUCCACCAUGGUGGCACAGUCCCAGAUUGGAUUCAUUGACUUCAUUGUGGAGCCAACCUUCACUGUGUUGACGGAAAUGAUUGAGAAGAUUGUGACACCAGUCAUUGAGGAGGCAUCUUGCUCUGGAUUGGCCAGUUUCAGUGUCAACAAUAUUUGUGGCUGUGAUGGAAAACAUACCAGUAUGAGUACAGGCUCAGAGGCCUGCUGCUCUCUGACAACUGAGGACUUCAAGAGCUACAAGGUCAGGUGGAACCAAGAGAUUCAUCACAACAGGGAGUUAUGGAAGGCCCAGGCAGCCAAAGACCCUCAGCCUCGUUGCACUGCGAUCCAAUACUGCAAGAGACCUGGCUACUGCUCCAGUUCCUACCAGCUGGCAAGCUCAAAAGUUAAGGAGAUGCGGCCCUUUGAUGCCAGAGGAAAAGCCAGAAGACUGCAACACAUCUCUCUGCGUUGCCGAAAGUGACCAUGUACAACGACAUAUCUGUAACCCUAACAACUUCCUUUAUAUCUCUUAAAAUCUCAUUGCUACAU